AUGGAGGCCGAACUUGCCAAACUACGUCGGCAACUCGAGGAAGAACAACAUCGACGUGAGGAAGCUGAUCGCCAACGCGAAGAAGAGCAACGCCGACGUGAGGAAGCUGAUCGCCAACGAGAGGAGGAACAACAACGACGCGAGGAAGCUGAAGAGCUUGCAAAAGCGGCACAACCACAAACACUUCAAGCUUAUCUCGAGGCUUGCCACUCCCUCAGCCUUGCUAUUCAGAUCGUCACUGACCGCUCCCUAACUACGCAAGGCGACAUAACAAACCCGACCGGUCGAAUUUUCCCUCGACGAAUCAUUCCGUGGGAUGACUUUGCAACAGCCCAAGAAGGGAUCUGGGCUCAGCUCCCGCCCGGAGCCUCUUUCUCCUCCCAGCCCCUCUUUCCAUCUCAACAUCAACUCGACUAUGUGACAACUCUGCUCGGCCCAAUCAGCAGCGAAAUUGGGCUUCGGAACUUCGAGCGCGAUACUGUCGAAAACAUGGUGCAGAAGUUGAUCGACGAGGCGUACAAGAAUCCACGACUGCGAGACGAUCUCGGCUUACAGGGAACCGUGACGUUCGAGAGCCAUACGAACCUUGGCGAGACCGACGACAGCCUAUCCGAACACUUGGAUCGUAUGUCCAUCGAGAGGGACGACACUGGCCGACCGGCGUCAGCUUCGAAGUCGCCGAGCCGCAAGCCCCGGCGCAGGGCGAGGGGGAAGGGCAAUCGGGCGGACCAGUUCUGCAUAUAUCGCACCUCCGACGGCCGGAAUAUCCCUGCCCUGGCGAUCGAGUAUAAGGCGCCACAUAAGCUGGGGCGUAACGAGGUCGUCACAGGUCUGGUGUCUGAAAUUCAACCGGAACGCGACGUGAUCAACAAAAACGGGGAAGGAUUUGCGUUUGCAUCGAAGGCGCUUGCCGCCGCCGUCGUCACCCAGCUCUUCUCGUACAUGAUUGGCAAGGGUAUCCGGUAUGGCUACGUGUGUACAGGAGAGGCCUUUGUCUUUCUCCAUAUUGCGGAUGAUCCCACCAGCGUUUACUAUUAUGUAUGCGUGCCCAACUUGGACGUCCUGGACGACGACGACAACAGGCUUCAUCACACAGCCGUCGCACAAGUCUUCGCCUUCAUCAUUCAGGCCCUUCGUGCCAAACCGCCUCCUCCAUCCUGGUACGACGCGGCUGCAGCUCUCGAUACUUGGGCUGUAGAAUACGACGAUAUACUGAGAAAUAUCCCCGAAUCCGUACGCAAGGAAGCUCGCACCUCUCCCUACAAGCCAAAACGGUGGCAAGGUUUCAAGCGCUCGCCGAUUCAGACACGCUCUCGCUGCAAGCAACCUUACACCAACACGAGUCGCCGAGACGAUAGCGACGACAACGAAGAAGAAGAUACCCAGCCUUCACCAACUCCGAAUCGAUCUAACAAAACGGAUGUCACACUAUCAACGGGGCCAGACUUAGCCAGUGAACAGGGCCAACGUCGAGACGGGAAAGAAGGCCAAAGGAAGCAACACAGGAUACAGGACCGCCCAUACUGCACUUCGGAAUGCCUCCGAGGAUUGGCGUACAGCCUGCCAAUGGAUAAGGCCUGUCCAAAUUUCCAAGAUCAUGGACACCAACACAUUAAGCAAGAGCAAUUCCUCCAGCUUGUCCGCACUCAGCUGGCGCAAGACCGCGGCCGUGAUGCUGAUGCCGUGCCGCUCUACUUGUCUGGUCGGAUUGGAGCACUCUUCAAGGUGCGGUUGUCGUCUCACGGCUACACCCUUGUCGCCAAAGGCGUUGAGACAAUUGAUCUCAGCCGCCUUCAGCAUGAGAAUGACGUUUAUAACCAACUGCAGCCCAUCCAGGGGAUAUAUAUACCUGUAUGCCUCGGCAGGGUAGAUCUGGUCCUACCGUACUACUACGAUAGUGGUGUCUUUAUGCACUUCUUGUUUCUCAGCUGGGCUGGACUGCCUCUGUUCGAGACCAUCCAACAAACUACUAAGGCCGACAUCAUUAAGAAGGUUACCACGGCUUAUAAGGAAAUCCACAAGCUGCAAAUCCUUCACAGAGAUGCAGAGCCGCGUAACAUUGUGUAUGAAGAAGAAAAUGGCAAGGUUAUGAUUGUGGAUUUUGAGCGAGCAGAGUUCCGCGGUCGUCAACCUCUCGGCGCACUCAGCCCUAAUGCUUGGAAUAAGAGGAAGCGAGGAGGGGCAAAGAAGCGACAAACGAAUGAUUUUACAAAAGAAGAGGAGUCUGUCAUCCUGAGUGUCUCACGGCUGGUAUGA